GCAGUGUGCCCUAUAUAUAUCAUCUUCUUUGUUCCACUUCUGAUUUAGGGUUUACCGCCGAUAAAUCUCAAUUUCAAGAUGGACAAAAGUAUGAUUGCUAAUAUGGAAUCUAAUCCGGAAGCAGAUCAAAGAAUGGCUAUCAUGAUCGAUCAGCUCCAGAUCCGUGACAGCUUGAGAAUGUAUAAUAACCUGGUGGAGAGAUGCUUUCAUGAUUGCGUUGAUACGUUUAAGCAUAAAUCCCUGCAAAAGCAAGAGGAAACUUGUGUUCGAAGAUGUGCAGAGAAAUUUUUGAAGCAUUCUAUGCGUGUUGGAAUGAGGUUUGCUGAGCUCAACCAAGGAGCUGCAACUCAAGAUUGAAUGAAGUCUAUUAACAUUGGAAGACUGUUUUUUUUAUUUUUAUUUUAACAUGAAUACAAUUUUGUUUAAUUAUACUUUUAUUAUUUAAAAGUGAGACACUAUAGGAUGUGUAUUUCUACAUUACUAUAAUUGCACAAAUUGAUGCUAAAAGCUAAAUAAAUUACUGAGCUUAAACAAAA